GGUGAACUUUUGCGCAUGCGCACUGAUAGAUUGCUCGCAUGACGCUCUUUAAACUGAGCGUUGCUGCUGCUGUGACUGCCACCGCUGCCGCUGGUCUCCUGGCUCUGGGUGCGGUGCGAUUUGUGUACAGAGUCCUGCGAUAGCGCAACUGUAAUUGUGGAACUACAUCUACUAGCAAUCAGUAUUGCACCUGCUCACAACCUGAAAAGCAUGAUUGCAUAGUUCUAGGGCUGUCACCAUGUCUGACUCCGACAUCCUCCACUUUCGAUUUGAGCAGCAAGGAGAUGGUGUUUUGCACAAGAUGAAUAUUCUCAGAGAGCAAAAUCUGUUUUGUGAUGUUUCUAUAUACAUCAAUGAUGCAGAGUUCCAUGGACAUAAAGUUGUUUUUGCCGCCUGCUCCACAUUCAUGAGGGAUCAGUUUUUACUGAAUCAGUCAAGGCAGGUUCGUAUCACCAUACUGCAGAAUUCAGAAGUGGGACAGAAAUUGCUUCUUUCCUGUUAUACUGGGGUUCUGGAGGUAAGGAAAAAAGAGCUUCUGAAGUAUCUGACUGCAGCCAGUUAUCUGCAAAUGGUUCACAUUGUUGAAAAAUGCACAGAAGCUCUUUCACGGUACUUACAAAGUGAGACUGCUGACAAUAAGGAAGCAUUGCAGCCAGCCAAAGAUCCUCCUUGUGAAGCUGAAAUAGGAUCCGCCAACAGUCAGGGUAAAGAUUGCGACAUCAUUGAACUGUCAGAUGACAUCCAGCUGAAUUUGGACUACCAGAUUAAGAAGGAAGGAAAUGAUCAGAGCGAUUUGCAGAGCCAUGUGUCUGAAAAGAAUGAUCUUUCUGCAGUGGACAUGGAUUAUAAAGACAAUGAUAUAUGCAUUUUCAGGAUGGGCUCUGUGUCUGACGAUGCAAACCAUGUAGCGAGUGAGCAGUUCCCCCAGCCUUGCACGUCUUCUAAAUCAAACAUGUAUUUUUCGGACACUCAGCACUCCAUGAUUAACUCUACUGUCGAAAACCGCAUGAAUGAUCUGCCAGGCAGUCCGUAUCAGAGUUUCCAGGAUGGUGGUACUCCACCUUCUGCCAUGAUGCAUGGCCUUCAAAGUCCCGCGGAAGGGACGUGCUCAUGGAGACAUCAGUGUCCUAAAUGCCCUCGUGGAUUUCUACACUUGGAGAACUACUUACGACACUUAAAGAUGCACAAACUGUUUUUGUGCUUGCAGUGUGGAAAAACCUUUACGCAGAAAAAGAACUUGAACAGACAUAUCCGUGGUCACAUGGGUAUCAGGCCAUUCCAGUGUUCUGUGUGUUUGAAAACAUUCACUGCAAAAAGUACACUUCAAGACCAUCACAAUAUCCACAGUGGGGACCGUCCAUACAAGUGUCAUUGCUGCGACAUGGAUUUUAAGCACAAAUCAGCCCUAAAAAAACAUCUUAAUUCAGUACACGGGAGGGGUGGGGGAGAUAAGCCAAACUUGGACUCCAUUACUAAAAUAACCAUAGAUUAUGAUUAGGGUGCACUGGAGAAGCUACACGUAUUGCUGAGGGAUAUUAUUAUUAUUAUCCUUUAUUAUUAUUAUCCUUUAUUUAUAUGGCGCCACAAGGGUUCCGCAGCGCCCAGAAGUGGUGAGGGACAAGAUAUCGGAUCUGGCUUAGGUCAGUGGCACAUUAUAUAGUAUUUAAUUCACCAUCAUCAGCGGCACAGUACAUAAAUGUCCUGUACCCACUUAAACAAGGCAACAAUUGUUGUUUAGUAUACACUAAAUUAAGUGUUAGGUUGUGUUUUUGCAAACUGCUGAAUUAAGACUUUCCUCUAUCUGUCAAAAGGUUUAGAUAACCCCCAUUUUUCCAGUUUUUAUUGGAAUUUAUGCAGUUCCAUGUCUGUGUACUGUAACAUGAAAGCAUAGCACAAAUAACUAGAGAUAAAACAAAAUUAUGGAAUCAUUUUAUUUAACAAAUUGUAAUCUAAAUUUUUGACAUGAAAAGUAGUCGCCUAUUGCAGAUAUAACUGCCCUACACUGUUGCAGAAGCUCCCACAAAUGUGUUGUACUUGUAGGUAGUUUGCUUUGGUGUCGCCCUUCUGUCCAGUUCAUCCCAAACCAGCUUGUUGGAGUUUUAUGCUGGAGACUGUACUGGCCGCUCUGCGAUUUGGAGCCUGCAGUAUCAUUUUGUUGUUUUCCCAGAAAUUAGCCUUGAGGUACCGUAUGUUUUGGGAGUUAUUUUCCUGUAUGAUAAACCCUUGGAUCAACUAGUCAUAGACCAGAGGAUAUUGCAUGGUGCUGCAAAAUGCUGUGGUAGCCAUCUUGGUACAGGGUUCCAGUCCCUUUGUGCAAGUCAAGUACUUGGGAUCCAGCAAAAGAGCGCCAGACCAUCAUGUUAGUUUUUUUUUUAACCUCCUAUAAAUGCACCACUUACCUUUUGUCAAAAUUCAAAGUGGUAAACUCAACUUAAAUAGCUUGUAUUUCAAUAAAAACUGGGGGUGUACCCAUACUUUUGACCUCUAGGGGUUAUGUACUAAAGGUAGAUCUUUUUAUUUAUUUGAUUUUUGUCAAUUUGAAAAUUAAUCUAAAUCGUUGUUUGUCUUCCAGUGUUAGAACACACUUAUUAAUAUUUAAAAAUGUGUUAGUAAGUGUGUUUUAGGCUCUAAAACCCAGCAUCAGUUGAGAUCGAUUUUCAUUGAAUAAAAAACUGAGAAUCGACCUUCAGUAAAUAUACCCCAUAGUUCAGUGGUUCCCAAACAUUUUUUUUUUUUUUUUUUAAAUCACGGCGCCCUAGAGUGUCGGAAUUUUUUUCACGGCAGUCCUAGGCCAAAAGUUUCUUAUUGAGAAAUUUAGAAAGAAAUGUUAAAUUAAGUAAAUUGUGUUUUGAUGUCAUCCUUGGGUUCAGUUAAGUGGUGAGGGACAAGAUUUUCUUCUGUUUGUCCAUAUGUUUUAUGUUUGGCAGCCACCAGCACUGAUUUUGCCUAUUACAUUGCCCAUAACCUUUUUUAAUUGGUCUUGGACCACCAACCCAGGGCACGGGCAUACAGUUUGAGAGCCACUGCCAUAGUGUGUAAUCACCAAAGUACACUAUUGUUUACCUACUUUAGGAUUUUACUUGCCAAAUGAAAAAAAAGAAAGAAUAAAGCUACUUUUAGUA